UGGAGUUCCAUGGAGUGAUGAGAUUUUAUUUUCAAGAUAAAGCUGCUGGAAACUUUGCAACAAAAUGUAUCCGGGUGUCUAGUACUGCAACCACUCAGGAUGUGAUUGAAACUCUGGCAGAGAAAUUCCGCCCUGAUAUGCGCAUGCUGUCUUCUCCCAAAUAUUCACUCUAUGAAGUACACGUCAGUGGAGAAGAAAGAAGAUUGGACAUUGAUGAGAAACCUCUAGUUGUGCAGUUGAAUUGGAACAAAGACGAUCGGGAGGGCAGAUUUGUCCUUAAGAAUGAGAACGAUGCCGUUCCUGCCAAGAAGGUUCAAAGUAAUGGACCAGAAAAACAGGAAAAAGAAGGUGUUAUCCAGAACUUCAAGAGAACUCUCUCAAAGAAAGAAAAAAAGGAAAAAAAGAAGAGAGAAAAAGAGGCCUUGAGACAGUCAUCUGAGAAAGAAGACAGACCUUCCCAAGGGGAUGACAGUGAGAAUUCUCGACUAGCUGCUGAGGUUUACAAAGACAUGCCUGAAACCAGCUUUACGCGAACAAUUUCUAAUCCUGAGGUGGUUAUGAAAAGACGGAGGCAACAGAAAUUGGAAAAGAGAAUGCAGGAGUUCCGUAGCUCAGAUGGGCGGCCUGAUUCAGGUGGAACAUUGAGAAUUUAUGCAGAUAGUUUAAAACCAAACAUUCCGUACAAGACAAUCCUGCUAUCUACUACAGACACUGCAGACUUUGCUGUGGCUGAAGCCUUAGAGAAGUACGGCCUGGAAAAAGAAAAUCCUAAGGACUACUGCAUUGCCCGGGUUAUGCUUCCUCCUGGAGCCCAACACUCUGAUGAAAGAGGUGCUAAAGAAAUUAUUCUGGAUGAUGAUGAGUGUCCUUUACAAAUCUUUAGGGAAUGGCCAAGUGACAAAGGGAUUUUAGUCUUUCAGUUGAAGAGGAGGCCGCUGGACUACAUCCCAAAGAAAACGAAGAAACACAGUGAAGGAAAGCCACUGAAGGGGAAGGAGAGAGCUGAUGGGUCUGGCUACGGCUCUGCUCUUCCUCCUGAGAAACUGCCCUACUUAGUAGAGUUAAGCCCAGGGAGAAGGAGUCACUUUGCCUACUACAGCUAUCACACUUAUGAAGAUGGCUCUGACUCCAGAGACAAACCAAAGCUUUACCGCCUUCAGUUGAGUGUGACUGAAGUUGGGACAGAAAAGUUUGAUGACAACUCUAUCCAGUUGUUUGGCCCAGGAAUUCAGCCCCAUCACUGUGACCUCACCAAUAUGGAUGGAGUGGUCACUGUGACGCCAAGAAGUAUGGAUGCAGAGACCUAUGUGGAUGGCCAGCGCAUCUCGGAAACAACCAUGCUGCAGAGUGGCAUGAAAGUGCAGUUUGGGGCAUCGCAUGUGUUCAAGUUUGUGGACCCCAGCCAGGACCACAGCCUCACAAAGAGAUCUGUGGAUGGAGGACUGAUGGUCAAGGGCCCACGACACAAACCUGGAACUGUUCAGGAGACAACCUUUGACUUGGGAGGAGAUGUUCACAGUGGAACAGCAUUGCCAACAAGCAGGAGUACCACUAGACUGGACAGCGAUAGGGUGUCAUCUGCCUCCAGCACGGCUGAGCGAGGGAUGGUGAAGCCAAUGAUCCGUGUGGAUCAGCAGCAGGACUAUCGCAGGCAAGAAAGCAGAACUCAGGAUGCUGCCGGGCCUGAGCUGAUACUGCCUGCAAGCAUUGAAUUCAGGGAAAGUUCUGAAGAUUCAUUUUUAUCUGCCAUUAUCAAUUACACAAAUAGCUCUACAGUUCAUUUUAAGUUGUCCCCUACAUAUGUGUUAUACAUGGCAUGUCGGUAUGUAUUGUCCAGCCAGCACAGACCUGACCUCAGUCCUACAGAGCGCACACACAAGGUCAUUGCUGUUGUCAACAAGAUGGUGAGCAUGAUGGAAGGGGUCAUUCAGGAAGUAGACCAGGUUGAUCAGAAACAAAAGAAUAUUGCAGGGGCCCUGGCCUUCUGGAUGGCAAAUGCAUCUGAACUUCUCAACUUCAUCAAGCAAGAUCGAGACCUAAGUCGGAUCACUUUAGAUGCCCAAGAUGUCUUAGCUCAUUUAGUUCAGAUGGCGUUUAAAUACUUGGUUCAUUGUCUUCAAUCAGAGCUUAAUAAUUAUAUGCCAGCCUUUCUGGAUGACCCUGAAGAGAACAGUCUGCAAAGACCGAAAAUAGAUGAUGUGCUGCACACACUCACGGGAGCCAUGUCUUUGCUGCGGCGCUGCAGAGUCAAUGCUGCUUUGACCAUCCAGCUUUUCUCACAGCUGUUCCACUUUAUCAAUAUGUGGCUGUUCAACAGAUUGGUGACUGACCCAGAUUCGGGGCUGUGUUCCCACUACUGGGGAGCAAUUAUCCGCCAGCAGUUGGGACAUAUUGAAGCUUGGGCAGAGAAGCAAGGGCUAGAGCUGGCAGCUGAUUGUCACCUGAGCAGAAUCGUACAGGCAACCACUCUGCUUACCAUGGAUAAGUAUGCACCUGAAGACAUUCCAAAUAUAAACAGCACCUGUUUCAAGUUAAAUUCUUUGCAACUUCAAGCCUUAUUGCAAAAUUAUCACUGUGCACCUGAUGAGCCUUUUAUCCCAACAGAUCUUAUAGAAAAUGUGGUGGCUGUUGCUGAAAACACAGCUGAUGAGCUAGCCCGCAGUGAUGGGAGGGAUGUGCAGCUGGAGGAAGAUCCUGACCUGCAGCUGCCUUUCCUUUUGCCAGAAGAUGGCUAUUCCUGUGAUGUCGUCAGAAACAUUCCAAAUGGUUUACAAGAGUUUUUAGACCCUCUGUGCCAGAGAGGAUUUUGCAGAUUAAUUCCUCACACACGUUCACCAGGUACCUGGACGAUAUAUUUUGAAGGUGCAGAUUAUGAAAGUCACCUUAUGCGUGAGAACACAGAACUGGCCCAGCCUCUGAGGAAAGAACCUGAAAUCAUCACUGUGACCCUGAAAAAGCAGAAUGGAAUGGGCCUUAGCAUUGUUGCAGCAAAGGGUGCCGGUCAGGAUAAACUAGGAAUCUACGUCAAGUCUGUUGUGAAAGGAGGUGCUGCAGAUGUGGAUGGACGACUAGCUGCUGGUGAUCAGCUUCUCAGUGUGGAUGGACGAAGUCUGGUUGGACUCUCUCAGGAAAGGGCAGCAGAACUCAUGACAAGAACGAGUUCUGUGGUCACCCUCGAAGUAGCAAAGCAAGGCGCUAUCUAUCACGGCCUGGCCACCCUCCUCAACCAGCCAUCCCCCAUGAUGCAGAGGGUUUCAGAUCGUCGUGGCUCAGGUAAACCCCGACCAAAGAGCGAAGGCUUUGAACUGUAUAAUAAUUCAGCUCAAAAUGGCUCUCCAGAGAGUCCUCAGCUGCCUUGGGCAGAGUAUAGUGAACCAAAGAAAUUGCCUGGUGAUGACAGACUGAUGAAGAACCGGGCUGACCACCGUUCCAGCCCCAAUGUGGCAAAUCAGCCUCCUAGUCCUGGAGGGAAAAGCACGUAUGCCUCUGGAACAACAGCGAAGAUAACAUCUGUCUCCACUGGGAAUCUCUGCACUGAGGAGCAGACCCCUCCACCCAGACCUGAAGCCUACCCCAUCCCCACUCAGACAUACACCAGAGAGUAUUUUACCUUCCCAGCUUCCAAAUCCCAGGAUCGGAUGGCUCCUCCCCAGAACCAGUGGCCAAAUUAUGAGGAUAAGCCACAUAUGCACACAGAUAGUAAUCAUUCCAAUAUUACAAUUCAGCGUGUUACCCGUUCCCAAGAAGAGCUCCGGGAAGACAAAGCUUACCAACUUGAGCGGCCUCGAAUGGAGCCAGUCAUGGAUCGGAAGUCUGACAGCGAUAUGUGGAUAAAUCAGAGCUCCUCAGUAGAAUCUAGCACCUCUAGCCAAGAGCACCUGAACCAUUCCUCCAAGUCAGUCACCCCUGCCUCUACUCUGACCAAAAGUGGUCCUGGCCGCUGGAAAACCCCUGCUGUGGUACCACCCACACCAGUGGCCAUCUCCCAACCCAUUCGAACAGACCUGCCUCCGCCACCACCUCCACCUCCUGUCCACUAUGCCAGUGAUUUUGAUGGGAUUCCCAUGGAUUUGCCUCUUCCACCCGCUCCUGCCAACCAGGUGGGACCCCAGUCUAUUCAGGCGGCUGCUGCAGAGCGGAAGAAGAGAGAAGAGCAUCAGCGGUGGUAUGAGAAGGAGAAGGCCCGCCUAGAGGAGGAGCGGGAGAGGAAGCGCAGGGAACAGGAGAGGAAGCUGGGGCAGAUGCGCACACAGUCCCUGAACCCGGCUCCCUACUCACCCCUGGCUGCACAGCAGGCAAAGCCCGAAAAGCCUUCCACACUCCAGAGGCCCCAGGAAACGGUCAUUCGGGAGCUGCAACCCCAACAGCAGCCCCGCACUAUCGAACGCAGAGAUUUGCAGUACAUCACAAUUAGCAAAGAGGAGCUCUCCUCAGGUGACAGCCUGUCUCCAGACCCAUGGAAGCGAGAUGCCAGGGAAAAGCUGGAGAAGCAGCAGCAGAUGCACAUCGUGGACAUGCUAAGCAAGGAGAUCCAUGAGCUGCAAAGCAAGUCCGACCGCACCGCAGAGGAGAACGACCGCCUGCGGAAACUCAUGCUGGAGUGGCAGUUCCAGAAGAGACUUCAGGAAUCCAAGCAGAAGGAUGAGGAUGAUGAGGAAGAGGAGGAUGAUGACAUGGACACCAUGCUAAUCAUGCAGCGUCUCGAGGCUGAGCGAAGAGCCAGGGUAAAGGGGAAAAAUGACUUGGUUCAGACUGCUAUGCCAGCAAUCUCUGUUCUAGAUUUGGUAUGUUCUUGUUUCUUUCCCUUUGGUACUUUUCCUGUCUUGAUUUUCUUUUCUCUUUUGGUGGUGGCUGUUUUAUGUUCUCAGUAGAUCAGUUCUCCUAGGGUCUCCUAGAUCAGGAGACUAGCCCUGUCACUAUCUACAAGCAUGCCUUGAAUGUUACUAGAUUUAGUUUCUCUUUACUUUUCUCUGUUAAUUUUAAGUGUUACUGUUUGUUUAUGGUUUCAAACUUUUCUCAGUUUUAGUCAUAAUUUAAUUCUGUGUAUUCUUAUGUAGUCAUAAGUACAUAAGCAAAUGAAAUAACUUGCCAUAAGUAAUGUUUCAUUCUUUUAUAUUAGAAAUCGAUCUUAAAUAUUCAAUGGUUAUAAACCCAAGUGAAAUGUUAACAUUGUUGCCAGUUUUAAAGCUAUUGGUAGAGUAAGCUUUCCAGUGAACAUGUGUUCUGUGUUUCCAUUAUUAAUAUCAUGUUAGAUUUUUGUGUGGUUUAUCAGCCAUCCCAGUUUAUAGUCUGCUAAAAAGUAGUUGAGGUCAAACUCUGUUAUGAGUUCAAUGUGUUUAUUAUCAACUUUGGGGAAAUUUUUGGUUGCUCAUUUAGUGCUCUUUUUCCUUAUGUCUAUGUCACCUGCUGGACAGUUGUAUUCGAAUAUAUUUAUAUUAAGUAAGUACCUAUUUUGGAUCAGCUUCUCAGUGAUAGAAAGCCAGUAUCAGUAAAAAUAUCUCAGAAUCAAGGUUUGCUUUAAUGGCCUUUUUACUAGGUAAUAGUUUCAAUUUAAAUAGCAUGAGGACAAUGGCGUCCAAAGAGAAACUUUUCUUAUAAACAUCUCCCUUCUUGGUGAUCAAAAGGCAUAUAUCCUGCGCUCCACAUUUCUUUGUUUUGUUUUACAUGAAAGAAAGAUAGUAAAAAUUGUAGAUUUUUCUCCCCACUUUGUAUAUGAAGGUAUCAAAAGAUGUAAGUGGAAAACACUGAUCAGAACUGUUUCUAGUAUAAGAUACUCAUUUAACAAUCCACUAUGUGUCAGAAUCCACUCUGUGACAAGCACUCUGACCCAGUGCACUAAGAUACGAACUGACUUUUGUCCGAAUUUUUUAUUCCAUGAAGACAUGUAUAACAUAGGUACAACAGUAUUUAAGAAUAACAGUCACACUGAGAUUUUUCAUUUUAUAGAAAGAGGCCUGAUUUUUAUUUCAGAGAAUGAGUAUUUUGAGUAUUACACACCAAUCUUAAAUACCACACCUAAGAGCAUUUCUUAGCCCAAUUCCUCAGUAAGUGUUAAUAUUAUUAAUAACCAUACCAUUAUCUAUAGAAUUCUUACCAUGUCAGGAUCAGAAGGUUGCCCUGGGAGCCUCCUUCCUGAAGGAUCAGUUGUAAUGGCAAGUCUGUGGUUCUGUGGGGAGCGGUGCUAUCCUGCAACCUGAAGAUUCUCAGCAUGUCUCAGGAUUUAGGGCAGUGGUGGCAAAGCUGUCGCACACAUACUGCAGCAGGCUGUUUGUAUCACUGAAAUCUCUAAAAGGUUUGCUGUCACUGAUUUGGGGUGACUCGUGUCAGUGAGGCAGGUCAUGUUCCUGUUGGGAGCAGCCAAGAUCCGUAGGACUGGAAGGCUGCCUAGGCCAGUUCCUGCUCUUUUCUUGCUCUUCUCUCUAUGUAGCCUGCCACCCCAGUCAGUCCAGGGCUGACUCUUGUCUUUGGUUGCUCAUCUCAAACUUGCAACUUCAGAAUUAUAAUGAUGCUAAUGAGACUCAUUCAUACGUCUAGUCUAACUUCUUGCGCCCUAAAUAUUCAGAAGACCCACUGACCUGUAUACCAUCUUGUGGGGUCAGGUACAACUUUUCAAGUUCAGCCUGUUCAGAAUGGAAUACUUUUUCUUCCCCAUGUCCUCAGACUGCAGCCCUCUGCCCUCACCUUCCUGUUCCAAUGGACACUUCCAUUGCUUCAUCAAAAAACCUGACAGUCUUCCAUAAUACCUUUUCUCUCUAUUCAAAAACCACUGCCUUCUCUUUCUCAGAAUCGGAUACUCCUACAUUCCCCUAGUCUCCUGCUAUCCUUUCCUGCCUGGUCACUACAGGAGUGUGGCUAGAUCCCUCAGUUCUAACCCUGAUUCCUUGACAGGCAUUUGUGACAUAGCAACUACAGUGACCCCAGGAGGAAGCUCUCUAUAGCCCUCCUGAGUUAGGCUCCUUCACCUACGUAGAUAUUCCAAGUUUUCCCAGGCCUACGGAUACUAUUGGUGUAUACAGGCCCUGUCUGUGCUACUCUCCAGCAUGCCAGGCCAGCUCCUACCUGUAAGUCAUUGCCCUUCCCUGAAAUUGGCAGUGCUUCCUCCGUCAGCACCAUCCAGUCUUACUGAGAUGCCACCAUCUGAAUGAGAGGGUACCCUUUUUGUGCUGCUUGACACUGUAACUUAUGUCCCUCCUCCCUCAGCUCCUGAUUAUCCUUCUCAUACUCUGGUUGUUUCCUGAGCGUUUACUGUCCUCUUAUUCCCUCCCAUAUGUGACUUGUCGUGAUGUGUAUUUGUCUCUUCUGGAUAGCACACACCUCCAUGGGAGCAGUGACCUUUAUCUAUGUUUCUGGAGCAGUUCUGGUAUGUUGAAAGUCACUAGUACUGAGGGAGUGGAAUACGGUCCUGAACUAGCCCAUAAGCUCCUGAAAGUGUGUCGACUUCAUGGUUGUCCAAGAAUAAAACUGUCAUUAGAGUCUUCUGUUUUUAAUUACUAAGAUGAUACAUGAGCCUAUUCAUCCAAAUAUCUCCUGCUGGGGGAAGCAUCCACAAGGCCAGCACAUUAGUCUAGUCUUUUGUUUGUUUUGUUUUUUUGUUUUUCUUCUGGUACCGGGAAUGGAACUCACGACUUUGCACUUGCCAGGCACGCACUAUGCUGCUAAGCUAAAUCCCCAGCCCCUAGUCUAGUUUUAAUUGUCCUUUUUCUUAGAUUUCAUGGGCAGAUCUGUCUCCAGGAAAUCUCUGGAGUGUGUGUGGACCCAUAUGUUCUAUAGUCAUGGUACUCUUGUCCCUAGAGCUUAUCUCUUACUUUUCCCCACCAUGCUAAGGUUCAAACCCAGAGCCAGGCACAUGUUAGGCAAGUGUUCUACCAAUGAGCUGCACCCCAGAACCCCUGUCUCUAGCUUUUAUAGCCUAUUCAGUUAGGCCCUGGGGCAGGUAGCUGCUGACCCAAGCUAAAUUUUUACUUGGCUUAAGGUUUCAAGGGCGGCCCCAGGUCCUUCUACCAAAUUAUAGGAUGUCAUUCUAAGUUGACACUCUGGGUCACUUUAGUACUCUAAGAUGCCAAAUAAUUACUCACAUUGCUCUCAUUUCUCCAUAGCAGAACUGUUAUGUGGGUGAAUGUAAGUGCCAAACCUAAUACUUGGGUCUUACUCUCUUAUCACAAGGAUUGGACUGGUUAUAAGUCAGUGUUCCAACCAGUUUCCUGCCUCAUAUUAAGUACUUUUGCUUUUAUGCAAAAGUACCUCCUUUUUAUAAAGUGGUAUUGCUGGAACCCAUCAGUCAACUAGAUAGUUAUAGGGCCUGGCAAUCUCAGUGGCUCUUUCAACUUUGCCUUCUUCCACAUUUCAGUGGGUCAUCUGCUGACUAGGAUAACAUGAGAAUUCACGGAGAGGUUCUUCCAUCUUAGGGUAAUGCCAAUAAGAGGUUUUCAAAUUGCAGUCCUGCCUGCUUACUUGAAAACUCAAACUGGAGCUCCCCUCGUAUGUCGUGCUUUUGCCUGGACUUUAGGUAGGGUGGUAGGUAUCAGGUAUAACCAUCUUGAGUGUUCCAAGUAGAGAAAGGUUUGAAUCAAAAGCUGUGAGGCUGGGGAUUUAGUUCAGCGGCACAGUGCCUGCCUGGCAAGAACAAGGUCGUGAGUUCAAUUCCUGGUACUAGAAGGGAAAAAAAACAAAACAAAACAAAAAAAACUGUAUAGACAUUGCAAUCAAGAAUUGAUAGGAAGCCAAAUUGGAAAUCUGACCUCCAGAGUGCAUUGGUACGAAGUACUCUGUGUGGCCUUUUGGGACCAAGCAACGCACCCCUGGAAGGAGAUGAAUCUGCCCAGGGUGGACACAUCUCUCCCCAGAGGGCAGUACUGCUGAAGGAGUUAGGACCCAUAGGUAUACAUUGUGGAGUAGAAUAUAAAGUCCCCCACUGCUGCAAGAUCAGAGUUGCCCUAAAGCAGCUUUGUGUAUGUCCUGGACUUCCUCAAGCCUUCUAUACUAUUUGAGAGUUACUCUGUUUAUCUGCCACUGGGCUAUUUCAGCAGCUGAGCUCUAGAUCUUGUAAGUUCUGAGAAAA